AUGUCAAUCGUACUGUUUGAGAUCUCGAUCCUCUCGAAUAACAUCCGAGGUGCCCAUCACAUCUUUGGUGGAAUGCGCCGUCUCCGACAUCAUCGGCCUCCAUCCAGUUCCUUACCGGCGAACCGAUCUAUCAGCAAAGAGAGCCUGGAGAUGGCCAUAAAUCACCUGUUCAUCGGACGGAAGCUUGUCGCCGAGACCGGGGCCCAUGCCGUGCACUUGCACAGACUUACUAUCGGUAAUUUACACCACAACAUCCAUGUACUGUACGCCUAG